CCCAAGGGGGAUGUGCUGCCGCAGCCCGCCAUGAACAGCAAACCCAAAGGGAGGCCCUCCAGGUCACACUCAACGAUGUCACUGUCUGUGCGCCCGCAGCGCCGAGUCCUCAUCACCAAGAUCAAUAGGAGCCAGUCCUUCGCUGGAGUGAACUCAACAGCCGACCGGCCCUUCAGGAACCUCUCGCCCUUCACCCCCACCGUCUCCCGCAAGACUGGCUCCAGGGUCAGUAGGAUGUUCUCAAUGUCCCACAAAUCCCCACCACCCAAGGUGCCUCAGCCCAACCGCCUGGACGAGGUGUACGAAGCUCUCAAGAAGGGCCUGACAGCCUACCUGGAGGUCCACCAGCUGGAACUGGAGAAGCUCAGCACCCAGAUCCGCGAGUCCAAGAGGAAUUCACGCCUGGGCUUUCUCUACGAUCUGGAUAAGCAAGUGAAGUCAAUCGAGCGCUUCCUGUGUCGCCUGGAGUUUCACGCCAGCAAGAUAGAUGAGCUCUACGAGGCUUAUUGUAUCCAGCGGCGACUCCGCGAUGGAGCCCACAACAUGGUCAAGGCUUACAGCACGGGCUCGCCAGGCAGCCGGGAGGCACGCGAGAGCCUGGCCGAGGCCAGCAAGGGCUACAAGGAGUACACGGAGAACAUGUGUCUGUUGGAGAACGAGCUGGAGAGCCAGCUGGGCGAGUUCCAUGUCCGGAUGAAAGGACUGGCAGGCUUUGCCCGGCUCUGUGCUGGUGACCAGUAUGAGAUCUUCAUGAAGUACGGACGGCAGCGGUGGAAGCUGCGGGGGCGCAUUGAGGUGAACAGCAAGCAAGUGUGGGACAGCGAGGAAAUGGUUUUCUUGCCCCUUGUCACCGAGUUCCUCUCCAUCAAGGUGACAGAGCUAAAGAGCCUGGCCAACCAUGUUGUGGUGGGCAAUGUGUCCUGCGAGACCAAGGACCUCUUUGCAGCUCUGCCCCAGGUAGUGGCUGUGGAUAUCAACGACUUGGGCACCCUCAAACUCAGCCUGGAGGUGACCUGGAACCCCUUCGACAAGGAUGACCAGCCCUCAGCAGCCAGCACUGUCAACAAGGCCUCCACAGUGAACAAGAGGUUCUCCACCUACAACCAGAGCCCGCCUGACACGCCGUCCCUGCGGGAACAGGCUUUCUAUAGCCUGGGGCGGGAGGACGACAAGCAUGGUUGGUCCUUGCUGGACAUCUUUCGGGAGACACUCUUCGAGAAGCUGUCUCAGAGCUGCUCCUGCGGCGAUGUCUCCUCGGCCGAGCUUGGGAGAUGGCCACAGCAGGGCCGCAACAUGCUACGGCGCCAGGAGGAGCUGGAGAACGGCACAGCCUGGUCCAUCUCCUCCGAGUCCUCGGACGACUCCUCCAGCCCCCAGCUCUCCGGCAGCGCCCGCCAUGCUGCACACAAGCCCAUCGUGCAGCCCGAGGUGCAGGCCUCUGCCCCAGCCAUCGAGAUCUCCUUCUCCCAGCAGCCAGAGGAGGCUGAGGCCAGGCCCGGGGCCGGCGGCAGCGGGGUGCCCCCCACCAGGAGCCAGCCAGAGCAGCCCAGCAGCCGCAAGAAGGAGGCGGUGGCCAACGGGCAUGUGCCCUACUCCCGGACUCUGAGUCACAUCAGUGAGGCCAGCGUGGAUGCCACGAUGGAGGCCAAGGCUGCAGAGAGCCCCUGGGAGCCCGCACCCAGCCCGGAGGACACAGGGAUGGGCGAACGGGAUGUGGACCCCCUCCCGGUGCAGAGCCAGGCGCCGGCACAGGGUGGCUGCGUCACUGGGGUCCCCGCGGCAGUGGCACAAGCCUCCAUGGAGGAGAGGCCCAUCCCAGCCCUGCCGCUGCCUGCUGGCGUCCCCGAGGUGCCACGGGGGAAGGUGGUGGAUUCGGGUCUGGAGGAGGCCAUCAGUCUCCUGGGCUCAGCCCUGGACGACUAUCGGGGGCAGUUCCCAGAGCUGCAGCCCCUCGAACGGGAGCUCAAGCGCCUGGAGGAGAUUCUGCUGCAGAAGCAGGGCAUCUUCCUCAGCCGGGCCUCCAGCAUCAGCCUGACAGUGGAGCACGCGCUGGAGAGCUUCAGCUUCCUCAACACCUCCGACAUGGAGGACUCAGAGGGCUCCGAGGAGGAGCCUUUCCAAGAUGAGAGGAGGGCUGGCAGACCCCGGCGCGGCAGCAGGGCUCCCAGCGCUGGCGAGAUGGGGGCAGAUGACACCGGCAUGUGCAGCGGCUCCGAGGCCAGCACCGACCCCAUGAGCACAGGCAACGAGUUCCUGGAUAAGGCCCUGGUGCUUCACCUCAACAACUGCAACCACUUGCUGCUGAAGCUGGGCACCUUCGGUCCCCUGCGGUGCCAGGAGAUGUAUGCCCUGGACAGGCUGCUGCGGGAGGCGCAGGUGCUGGAGAUCGUGUGCCAGCUGACAGAGGAGCGAGCGGGAGCAGCCGGCUCUGCUGCUGACGUGGUGCAGUUCUCGACGCGGAAGGAGGGUGUCCUGCCCCUUUGGGACUGCUGUGUGGAGGUGCCCAACGUCUACACUUGCCCUGUGGAGCGGUUCCUGCAGGUGCUCAGCGCCCAGUACGCAGCACCCAUCAGCGAACGGCACCCUGGCCUGGCUGAUGCCGUGUGUGUGAAACUGGUGGAGGAUGUGCUGAAUCGACGGCUGCCCCGGCGGCCCGGCAGCGCCCAGGGCGAGCAGGUCACCAUCUUCCAGUUUUGGAGCCACUUUGAGUCACUCAGUGCCCUGGUACUAGACACCUACAUGAUGGAGCUGGCAGAGGAAGCGCUGCUGGCACAGAACCUCAACUCUGACGACCAGGACGUGGUGCUGCGUGCCCUGAAGCGCGUGCCUGAGAGCCGCCUGAAGAAGGAGGGACUGAAGGCACUCAGCCUGCUCCUGGUGGAGGGCAACAGCAAGGUGGCGAGCGCCGUGUCGGCCCAGCUCCGCAGUCUGGCGGAAAACCCUCGCUUCCGCCAACGGGCCCUCGUGUGCUACCUGGAGCAGCUGGAGGAUGAGGAGGUGCAGACACGGGUGGCAGGGUGCGCGGUGCUUGGCUGCCUGAAGGCCAAGGAGAGCAUCGAGCAGCUGGUUUACCUGUGCCAAACCGACAAGGAGCCCGUGCGGGAGGCAGCCAAGCAGAGCCUGAUGCUGUGCGGGGAAGAUGGUAAAUCCGCGCACCGGCCCCCCGCUCUUGGCCGCCCCCCCCAGUUUCCCCCCCGCCGGCAGCUCGCCGCGGCCGCACACUGCCUUACGGAGCACCGCUUCCCCAUGCCCCCAGCCCCGCGGGGGUGCCACAUACGCACCCCUGGGCAGGGCGGGGCUCGCUGCACAUCCCACCCUCCGAUUGCUAUUUAA